AUGGGUUCUCGUUAUAUGACGGGCACACAUCGUUCUUGUCAACAAAAAGAUUUUAUUACAGUUGAACAUUACUAUUGCAUUGAUGUAUUUAAUGAUGUGAUAGAUUGCAUGUUGAGGGAGUUAAAUGACAGAUUUUCAGAGCAAACAGUUGAACUUCUUAUUCUUAGCUCAGCAUUGGGUCCUCGUAAUUCCUUCAAGUCAUUCAAUAUUGAGGAUCUAUGUAAACUUGCUAAGAAAUUCUAUCUUGCUGAUUUCAUUCCAAGUGACUUGAAAGCUUUAGAAAUUGAGUUGAUGUAUUUUCAAAAUGAUAUGCGUCGCCUUCCCUGCUUUAAGGAAAUCACCACUCUUCCUCAGUUAUGUCAACAAUUGGUGGAAACAACUUUGGUAGAAAACUACCAUUUGCUUUACAAAUUGAUUCGGUUGGUGUUGACUCUUCUCGUUUCUACAGCAACAACGGAACAAACUUUUUCAUGUAUGAGAAUUAUUAAGAAUAGACUUCAGAGCACCAUAGCUGAUGAAUUCCUUGAUGAUUUCAUGAUCCUCCACAUUGAAAGAGAGUUUGCUAAUAGUAUCGAUAAUGCAGAGAUAAUUGAGGAAUUUAAGAUUUCUAAGCCUUGUAGAGUCGUAGGGUAA